AUGAGUUCUGAUGAAGAAUAAGAUAAUUAUAAUGAAGAUUAAAUCAUCAAUUUAAUUUCUGCUUUGCAAUAGAAAAGUAAUAGAUGAUCAAUAUAAGGUUAGUAAAGACUAAUAGAACUAAUAAUGGUUUAAUGAAAACCAAUAGAACUAAUGAAUCAGAUAAUUGGAAUGAAUUUAGAGAAACAUAAAAAGAGAAACCAUAGUUAAACAAUUUUGUUAAUUCAAAUGAAUUUAGUUUGCAAAGAGAAUAAUCAAAGCAUUCUAGUAUAUCUGAAAAUUUAAGUGAUUUUAUUGUAAGAACUGAUAAACCUACAAAAGAAUCUUAAUUUAAGAAUUAAUAAAAUUAAAUAUAAGAUUAGAAUGAAUUGGUAUUUAAAUUAAUAAAUUUUAGAGUGAAUUGAAAUAAAAGAUGGAUUAUUUAUUAAAUUAAAGAGAGAAGGAUUAGGAAAUGUUAGAGUAAAUUAAUGCAGGUUUAAUGUUUUUGAUUAGUCAGAUUCCAAAGCCAAAACAAACAAAUUCAAUAGGAAUUUAGACUGUUAUUUAAAAAGAGAAUUCUUAAAAUUAAUCUACUCCAAAUGUUAAAAAAACAGCUUAAUAAACAGUUUAAUAAAUGUUUUAAGAACCAGAUAGAUAUGCAUUUCAAGAGAUUAGAAAUUUUUGUUUUAAGAGAUGA